AUGGCCAAGUGGGGUGAAGGAGACCCUCGCUGGAUCGUCGAAGAGCGAGCGGACGCAACGAAUGUCAACAACUGGCACUGGACGGAACGAGACGCCACAAGCUGGUCCUCCGACAAGUUAAAAAGUCUCCUGAUGGGCGUGAGGGUGGAGAACAACGACGGAAGCUGCGAGGUCACCGAAGUCAGCAAGGUGGAGGGCGAGGCAUCCAUCAACAACCGCAAAGGGAAGCUCAUUUUCUUCUACGAGUGGAACCUGAAGGCAACUUGGACAGGCAUGUCCAAAUCAGGAAUCAAAUACCAGGGAUCUGUGGAGAUUCCCAAUUUGUCCGACGAGAACGAUAUGGACGAUCUGGAUAUUAGCAUCUCACUGAACAAAGACGAGCCGGAGACUCCGCUGGUCCACCUGAUGAAGUCCAAAGGAGCCGACAAGAUCCGCGAGGCCCUCGGAAGCUACGUGGGUUUAUUAAAAUCAGAGUUCACUCAGGGCAUGAUCCUGCCAACGGCUAACGGUGUGCUCCAGCUGCAGUCCUCCUCGCAGUCCAAAGCCAAGACGGACAAAACUCGGGUGGGCCCUAUUUCGUCGUCCGGCGGGACUACGGCGGCACCGGUCAACACUGGCGUGAAGAUUCCCACGUGUAAGUUCAGCAUGACGGAAACGUUCCUCACCAGCCCGGCGGACCUCUACAGAGUUUUUGUAAAUCAGGAGAUGACUCAAGCGUUCACGCAUGCUCCGGCCGCAGUGGAUGGAGAGAAGGGAGGAAGGUUUCAGCUGCUAGGUGGAAAUGUUCUGGGGGAAUUCAUGGAGUUGGUGCGAGAUGAGAAAAUAGUGAUGAAGUGGAGGUACAACAACUGGCCAUGUGAGCACUACGCCACGGUGACGCUGACGUUCGCCGACCGGCGCAACGAGACGGAACUGCGCAUGGACUGUCGCGGCGUCCCCAACGACGACGAGGAUCGGACCAGGGAUGGCUGGCGCAGGUUCUAUUUCGAGGCCAUCAAACAGACUUUUGGCUUCGGAGCGCGACUCUUCUGA